AUGGACGCAAGCUACCUUUCACAGCAGGUGAACACCAUCAUUGGCCAGCUUCAUGGCCUGUUUGAUGAGAUUGGUGUACAGCCUCAUGAUCGCGACGCAAGAGAAGCCGAGUUGUUCUCGGCUCUGUCAGAGACCUUGAAUAACCAAGUCAGACAGGUUACGGCAGAAAAGAAGGACAUGAUUGAGGAGGCCAACCGCACCAUUAUAGUCAUUCGCCAGAUGGAGCAAUCUUUGGACGAUGCCAACUCAUCACGUAGCCGUCGUUCGAGCGAUGACCUCAAGAUCACAUAUCCCCUGACAAGAUGUCUGGCUGUGCUCAAGGAGAAGCAUGGCCAGGUUGCUCGGCUCCAUCGCGAGCGAUUCGAGCAGAUCAAGAAACUUGUGAUAGCUCUCGAGUCAUAUUCCUCGCAUCUCGAGUCUACCUUUGUCAAGAUCGCCCUCCCGCCGACGGGACCUAACCAGUCACUUCCGCCUUCUUUCGAUCUCUCCUCAAGCUACGUUGAACAGCUCGACAAUGAAUUUACCAGAGUCUAUGAAGAGUAUGCUCGCCGCGUGGCAACCGUCAAGGCUCUGUCGGAGCACAUUAUUACUCUGUGGUCAGAACUCGGAACCCCGCAAGCUCAGAUUGACGGUGCAAUUGUUAAGUACCACCGCGACUCGCCCGAACAGCUCGGUCUGCACGAAGAAGAUAUUUCGAGACUACGAGCAAAGCGAGACAAGCUCGUCGAUGAGAAGAAGGCCCGGGAGAAACGUCUUAGAGACUUGAAGGUUGCUGUUGAGGCACUGUGGGAGAAGCUAGGAGUUGAUGAAUCGGAUCGUAAGGCGUUCCUGAAUAGCAACCGGGGCUGUGGAGUGCGACAAAUCAAUGAGUUCGAGGACGAGCUGUCACGGAUGAACGAGCUGAAGAGGCAGAAUCUUCAUCUAUUUGUGGAAGACGCUCGAGACAAGCUGCAAAGUCUCUGGGAUGCACUUUACUUUUCCGAGGACGAAAUGCUCGAUUUUACUCCGGCUUUCUCCGAGGUCUACAGUGAUGCGCUCCUGGAUGCCCACGAGCGCGAGAUUGGCCGUUUGGAGGCCUUGAGGGAGCAGCGUGCACCGACACUGGCUCUUGUAGACAGGCAUCGCGAGCUCAUCAAGGAGCGUGACGAGCUCCAAGCCUCUAGCCAAGAUGCUUCGCGGUUGAUGAUGCGCGGUCAGAAGGGCGAGAAACGUGACCCGGGCAAGCUUCUCAGAGAAGAAAAGAUGCGAAAGCGCAUCUCCAAGGAAUUGCCCAAGGUUGCGGCUGAGCUUCGCAAAGGCCUUGAGCAGUGGGAGGAUGAAUACGGACGACCGUUCCUUGUCCACGGAGAGAGAUAUCUUGAUCUUUUGGAGGACGGCGAUGCCAGGCCCGCUAUUCCGGCCCGCUCAAAAACACCUGCAGGCCCUCCUCCUUCGGCAUCAAAGAGAUCCGCGGCAGGUUCAGUCAGCCGGGCAAAUAGUGUUAUUAGCAGAGCUGGUACCAUCUCAAGGCCCAAGACUCCGGGUGCAAUGUCUAAUGGCACUGGCACCCUCAAGAGGGCACAGACAGUGAGCCACCCACCCAGCGCCAACAGUAACAGCCCGACAAGAUUGCCGCAGCGUGCACCUCUGUCCAAUCUUCUAAACGCUACGAACUCCCCGGAGAGACCAAGACCAGAGUCCCGUGCUGGUUACGGAACUCUGCGUGGCGCGCCGCCAAUGAUGCGAGCCCCUCCUCCGAAGAUGAGAGACCUCUUGCAAAGCCCGCCUCUGGAGGCACCCGCCAACCCGUAUAAGAACGCAGGCCUGAACUCCAGUGUCAUUGUGCGACCUAUUGAGCCAGAGGAUGUGUACGACAACCGGUUUUCUGAUGAGAGCUAUGGCCGUCAUUAUGGUAACGAGUCCUACGCCUCCCACGGAUCCAUCCGCCAAGUCGGCCGCCCUGACUACCCUCAAGCUCCCCCACCCCGACAGAUAUCCAAUACUUCUGGUUCCACAGUGUCUGAAUCUGAGAACUGGGAGACGUAUGACGAUGUCUCUGAACCCGAGGCAGACGUGUCCGAGACGUAUUACGCCAAAGUGCGUGCGGCACGAACCAUGCAAAUCACACCGGACGAGCCUUACUCGCACCUGCAGGCUUCUCAGAUUAAGCGUCCACGAGGAGUACCCGCCGAAGUAACACACGGCACUAUUGAUGCUGAAGGCAACAGAAUUCUCUCUGGAAGCGAGUGGACAGACGAGGAUGGCUUCUGA